AAAUCCAUUACACUGCCUCUCUUUCUUUAUAGCUUUGUUGGAAUAAUGCAGGACACACGAGGAAAGAAAAUAGAUGCAGUGUAGGAUAUAUGCAGUCAUUAUCUUCCGUAAAAAUUAUUUAUUCGAACAUAGAUGAGGCAGUUUCUGUACAGAGUUCGUUGUUACACCAUGUGCAGGUACGGAAACACUGAGUUGAUAGAAAUACUUUUAACAGAUAGAAUUGUUUUAUGUUUAUCCUCAUGUGGAGAAAUAUUUAUAUGAUGCCAUCAGUAUUAAAGGUUUACAAUCCCUGGGUAUACUUGUGUGCAUCUUUAUUUUUAUUUGAUAAUUUCACUAAAGGUUAUACUCAGGAUAUAAGAUGUAAGGCGCAACAAUCCUCUACAAACAGAUCGUACUCUGCACAUUACGCUUGUGAUGACGACAUGGACACAUUUUCGCUAACCCGGAAUGACGUAAACCAGAGCUGGUCAAUGAGUCUUGAAAGAGAUUAUCCAAUAUUCUGGAUUUUCCUGAGCAUUAGUUGUGGAAAAUAUGAUAUCAAAAUACAAGAAGACACACAUAGAACCAAAAAUUGUUCCAUGAUUGUGAAAACGUGCGAAACUAUUGCCAAAAGUGAGAUUUUCACUUGCAAACUCGAUACCUAUGGACCUGUUGUAGGAAACAAAAUUAUAAUCACAAGACUAGACGAUGGUGCAAUACAAAUUGAUGAAAUAAAACUAAUAAAAUUUGAACCUUGGAAGAUCCCAGUAAAGAACUAUUCUGGUGGAAUUGAAGGCACAAAGGCUUUAGAUGGCGAUCUAAACAACUACUUUUUAACUGAAGUAAAGAUCAAUGCAACAUGGUAUAUGAUGCUGAACACUAGUAACGAAAUCAAAUGGAUACUACUUUAUUGA